GCGCAGCGCAAGAGUAAAAGAGGAGCAGCAUCUGGUGACAGUCAUUGUUGAGUGGACGUUUUACGCACAGGGGAUCUUUAAUAGCAUGAUGCACCAGUUUGAAGGAUGCUAAAAAUUAUAUCGCACAUGACAUCUUGUAGAAAUAAGCACUGGUAACGCUGUCGCAUCAUCAAAUUCGAGCGCGUAAAGCCGUGCCAUGCAGGGAAACGGGAGCUCGAUGGUACCCGGUCAGGCUCCAUGCGGACCGGCUCUAGAUGAAGGUGGUCUCCUGUCGAACCGGACCGCGGGGGCUCUCCAAAACCUCUCCCUCCGCUGCUGGCUUCAUCUGCUCUCCAAAGAGUCCUCGCCGGAGCUUUACGGCGACAACUCCAACAUGGCAAUGCGCGUCGUAAUCGCGCUCGUCUACCUGAUUGUGUGCGCGCUGGGACUCGUCGGGAACCUUUUGGCACUUUACCUGCUGCAGUCCCGCCACAAACUUAAGCAGUCAUCCAUCAACUGCUUCGUCAUGAGUCUGGCCGUGACCGAUCUCCAGUUCGUCCUGACGCUACCUUUCUGGGCCGUGGACACUGCUUUGGAUUUCCGAUGGCCUUUUGGAAAGGUGAUGUGCAAAAUCAUCAGCUCGGUGACCACCAUGAACAUGUACGCUAGUGUUUUUUUCUUGACCGCAAUGAGCGUGGCGCGCUACUGUUCACUGUCCUCUUCCCUACGGAUGCAGAGUCCCAAGACGGCUUCGGUGGAGGUGAAAUGGGCCAGUUUGGGCAUCUGGGUGGUAUCCGUGGUGGCCACCAUACCCCAUGCGGUGUACUCCACCACAGCGCAGCUAUCAGACGACGAACUGUGCCUGGUGCGCUUCUCGGACUCUGGAGGAUGGGACCCGCAGCUGCUGUUGGGUCUUUAUCAGACCCAAAAGGUUCUUUUGGGAUUCGUUAUUCCUCUUAUUAUCAUCUGCGUUUGUUAUCUCCUCCUGUUGCGCUUCGUCCUGCGGCGGCGCGUCAGCGGCAUUCCCGGGUCAGACAGCGAAAGGGGGCGUCACAAGCGCCGCUCCAAAGUCACCAAAUCCGUCACCAUUGUUGUACUGUCGUUUUUUCUGUGUUGGCUGCCCAACCAGGCUCUGACCCUUUGGGGGGUGCUUAUAAAAUUUGAUCUGGUACCCUUCAGUAACGCAUUCUAUAACGCGCAAGCAUACGCGUUCCCGAUUACCGUGUGCCUUGCGCAUACGAACAGCUGCCUGAACCCGGUGCUGUACUGCUUGAUCAGACAGGAGUACCGAACCGGCCUUAAGAAACUGCUAUUUAGGGCAACUCCAUCCAUUCGCAACCUGGCCAAACUGGUGUACAGGGGGAAGAAGGUGGCUGAAGCGCCACCUGGAGUGGCUGUGGUACCAAUAGAAAUUGGGAUGUGACAGAUAACAGUAUAAAGAACAUUGAGAACAUUUGAAAUUUAAAAUCAAUGCGUAUUCUAGCUCUCUUGAAACGUGGAUUUGCAAACAGUUUAAACUUAAGACAUAUAGGCUAAACGUCAAAUGUUGUAACACACUUUAUGGUGACUUUGAGUCUUUGGAUGAACAUGUUUCCAAAACUGGCAUUUUUAGGCUAUUUGUUUGUUUGUUUAACUGCAUGAGCUGGAGUGGAUAGCGAGGAAGCCAACUGACUUUCUUUCUAAAACGUUUUUAUCUAAACAAGAGAUAAAAUAUAAUUGUAUGAUUUUCAUACAUUUUUAAAAGAAAUAAAUGUUCCUAAAAGUCUUUUGACAGUCGGCAUAACCUUUAAUAUGUGUUGCACAAAAGGUUCUUUGUACAGAAAAAAACAAUGAACACCGACAAUAAAGAUAAAGAACAUUAUAAUAAAAUGUAUAGACUUAAUGCACUGUAAGUU